CUCUUGGCCCCCUUCCCCCACUCAGCUGAUUCCAACAAUCACACUGAAGUCCCAGAAAUUUCGCAGUGUGCAAAGAAGUUUGCCACUUUACCAAAAUGCCCUCGGUCGGAACCGCCAUCCACAUGACGGCCCUGGACGGCAUCGUCACCGUGAACUCCCUCUUCACCCUCGCCGUCUUCAUCGGCCUUACAUGGGACCCCAAUGACCCCACCAACACCCUCAUCGAGCCAGAAGACUCCGCCGACUGCAGCCCCGGCCCCUCCGUCGCCGAGGACCUCGUGGCCUUCCACGUGUACUCCUUCUCCUCCUUCCUCUUCUCCAGCCUCGUCGCCCUCGCCCUCAAGCAGGGGAUCCGCCUCACCCGGACCCCCUCCUACCACCCCGCCGAGAUUCUCGCCCGCGUCAACAGCACCCUCCUCCGCGCCGGGAUGCUCGUCUCCGGUGUCGGCUCCGUCUCCGGCUGCGUCUUCCUCAUGCUCGCCUUGGUCAACGUCGUCCAGAUCAAGCUCGGCACUCCCGCCUGCGGGAGCUACCACACUCUCGCCGCCAUCGUUCCUCUCGUCAUCUUCGUCCCCGUGGGCCUCGUCAUCUAUGUCGUCACUGUUGUCUAUGCUUUCACUCGAUGAGGAAAUUGAAUUUUGGUUUUCGUUUGUUCAUGGUUUUGUUGACUAAGUUAGAUAUAUAUGUGAUGAGUGGUGUAUCAAUGAAGAUUUUAUUUUGAUUAAUGGAAUAAUGUUAGGAUGA